AUGUGGCUCAAGGGCCUGGUGCUCUCCCGAACUGGAUGGGUGAGCAGCUCAGAACGGAGGAAGGAGAAGUCCCGGGAUGCUGCGAGGUGCCGCCGCAGCAAGGAGACGGAAGUCUUCUACGAACUGGCACAUGAACUGCCACUGCCCCACAGCGUGAGCUCACACCUGGACAAGGCCUCCAUCAUGCGCCUGGCCAUCAGCUUCCUGAGGACACACAAGCUCUUGUCCUCAGUUUGCUCUGAAAACGAAUCUGAAGCCGAGGCUGACCAACAGAUGGACAACCUGUACCUAAAGGCCUUAGAGGGCUUCCUGGCCGUGGUGACCCAGGAUGGAGACAUGAUCUUCCUGUCAGAAAACAUCAGCAAGUUCAUGGGGCUCACACAGGUGGAGCUCACAGGCCACAGCAUCUUCGACUUCACUCACCCCUGUGACCAUGAGGAGAUCCGGGAGAACCUGAGUCUCAAACAUGGUUCCAGCUUCGGGAAGAAGAUCAAAGACAUGUCCCCGGAGCGGGACUUCUUCAUGAGGAUGAAGUGCACGGUCACCAACAGGGGCCGCACGGUCAACCUCAAGUCAGCUACCUGGAAGGUACUGCACUGCACGGGCCAGGUCAAGGUGUACAGCAGCUGCGCCCCGCACAGCGGCCUGUGCGGGUACAAGGAGCCUCUGUCCUGCCUCAUUGUCAUGUGCGAGCCCAUCCAGCACCCAUCCCACAUGGACAUCCCGCUGGACAGCAAGACCUUCCUCAGCCGCCACAGCAUGGACAUGAAGUUCACCUACUGCGAUGACAGAAUCACGGAGCUGGUUGGUUACCACCCUGAGGAGCUUCUUGGGCGCUCAGCCUAUGAAUUUUACCACGCUCUGGACUCAGAGAACAUGACCAAGAGCCAUCAGAAUUUGUGCACCAAGGGCCAGGUGGUGAGCGGCCAGUACCGCAUGCUGGCGAAGCACGGGGGCUACGUGUGGUUAGAGACGCAGGGCACAGUCAUCUAUAACCCACGCAACCUGCAGCCGCAGUGCGUCAUGUGUGUCAACUAUGUGCUGAGUGAGAUCGAGAAAAACGACGUGGUGUUCUCCAUGGACCAGACCGAGUCUUUGUUCAAGCCCCACCUGGUGUCCAUGAGCAGCAUCUUCGACAGCAGCGACGCCGACAUGGCCGGAGUGAACAAGAGCAACUUCCUAUUCACCAAGCUCAAGGAGGAGCCCGAGGAGCUGGCGCAGCUGGCACCCACGGCGGGCGACACCAUCAUCUCUCUGGAUUUCGGAAACCAGAACUUUGAGGAGUCCUCAGCCUAUGGCAAGGCUGUCCUGCCCCCAGCACAGCCAUGGACUGCCGAGCUGAGGGCCCACAGUGCCCAGAGUGAAGCUGGGAGCCUCCCUGCCUUCACCAUACCGCAGACCGCUGCCCAGGGCAACAGCACCCCGAGUGCAGCCAGCAGCAGCAGCUGCUCCACACCCAGCAGUCCCGGAGACUAUUACACAGCUUUGGAUAAUGACCUGAAGAUUGAGGUGAUCGAGAAGCUCUUUGCCAUGGACACAGAGGCCAAGGACCCGUGUAGCACACAGACCGACUUCAACGAGCUGGACCUAGAGACACUGGCACCCUACAUCCCCAUGGAUGGCGAGGACUUCCAACUCAGCCCCAUUUGCCCUGAGGACAAACUCUUGCCGGAGACCCCGCAGCCCACCCCUCAGAACUGCUUCAGCACCAUGACAAACAUCUUCCAGCCCCUGGCCUCAGGCGCCGGCCCCAGCCAGUUUCUGCUGGACAAGUACCAGCAGCUGGAAAGCAAGAAGACAGAGCCCGAGCACCAUCCCAUGUCCUCCAUCUUUUUCGACUCAGGGAGCAAAGUGUCCCUGCCACCGUGCUACGGCCAGGCCAGCACCCCCUUGUCUUCCAUGGGGGGCAGAUCCAAUACGCAGUGGCCUCCUGACCCGCCAUUACAUUUCAGGCCCACCAAGUGGGCCAUUGGCGAUCAGCACGUGGAGUCCUUGGGGACUGCAUGCUCGGGGCCCCCCAUUGCCUCACCCCACCUCUCCAUGUUCAAGAAGAGGUCCUCCAAGGGCUUCGGGCCGCAGGGCCCCGACGUGCUAAGCCCGGCCGUGCUGGCCUUGACCCACAAGCUGAGGCGGAAGCGGCAGCUGGACCAUGAGGAGCACAUCUACCCAGACCUGGGCGGGGCGGACCCUCCAGGUCAUGGUGCGGCCUCUCACUUGAUGUGGAAGAGAAUGAGGGGCCUGGGGGGCCCUUUGGUGCCUGAGAAACCGCUGAGCGUCGGCACCACCGCCACUGAUGAAUUCAACCAGAACACCCUGAGGGGCCUUGGCCAACCCCUCAGACACCUGCCCCCGCCACAGCCUCCAUCUGCAGCCCUGAGCCCUGGAGGGGGCACCAAGACCGGGUUCUCCCCACAGUGCUAUGCACCCCCUUACCAGGACUACAGCCUGCCAGGGACACACAAGGCAUCAGGGUUGGCAAGUCGGCUGCUCGCGGCCUCAGUCGAGCCUUACCUGCUGCCCGAAUUGACCAGAUAUGACUGUGAGGUGAACGUACCCGUGCCAGGCAGCUCCACGCUUCUGCAGGGAGGAGACCUCCUCAGAGCCCUGGACCAGGCCACCUGAGCCAGGGCCCCCCCACAGGCCCCUUGCACGCUGCACCACCAGCUUCUCUGCAUCUGUUCUUGCAACUAGGUUUCCUAACACCAGCCCAUUUCUCAGACGUACUUACCUGGCCAGCCUGCCACCUGCCACGGAGCGGCCUGUCUGGAGACAUAUUCACUUAUUCAUGCACAUUUCCAAAUACACAGUGGCUUAACCCAUUACAUCUGGCUCGUUCAUUAACCGAUGUAUUUCAAGUUUAUAAGAAUUUUACCCCUUUCUCCCCAGUGCCCCUUACUUCUAAUUUAUAUUAUGCAAAGGAGUCCCCCCCUCCCCACACACACACACACAAAAUAUGUGUAACUCAUUUGGUGUCUAUCAGUCCUGAUAGGAAAAGAUUUGGCUCAAUUUUAUAAAAACUUUUCUCUUGUCCUUGGAGAAGCCAAACUGAAGCUGGUUUUUUCCACAUUGUCCUUAGAACUCUUUGCAGUUCCUUUUUGAGAAAACAAUUCACCAUACUGUAAACAUACAUCUUUUCCUCUGCUCAAGCUCCCUCUGCUCCAAUUCUGGUGGGACUUUUAGAAAAAGGAAUGUUGCAGGUCGAGCCCCAGCGGGUGUGUGAUUUUUCUAUGUAAGCUGCUGUGAGGUGUUUCCUAAACUUUUGGUGCCUUCCCCACCCCCUUCUUCCCACCACCCCUGUGCUCCUUCACCCAUGGAUUUUAUUUUUUACUCUUCUUCAAAACAUACUUAAAAAAAAAAAAGAA